AUGGCCUCCGACUCAAGCCUCUCCCGCUCUGUAGUCUCCUAUACGGAGUACAGGGAUAUCGGCGUUCUCGGUGGUGCAGAGCUCAACUUCGAAGCGCAGGGCCCGGUCUGCGUCGAUUUCAAUCGCAGUAUACGCUUGUUCGACCCAUACCACGUCUUCAGGAACUCAAGGUCGUAUGAGCCUGUCAACAUUCGACCAGAUUCAUGUGCCAUCCGAAUGAGCGUGAACCCGAACUACGUAGAUCCCGCUCUCAAGCGAGGGAUUCUCUCUGGGCAGGAUGGUAAGAGGCAGGCUUAUGACGACGAUCGGUUUUGCGUCCCCGUCGGGUCGAACCCAGACGCCGUGACAACACCGUCUGUGGCCACUCUCGGCCGAACUGUCGAUAGGAACUCCACCAGCAGCCUGACACACUCGGAGGAGUUCGACGAGCUCGAGAAUCUUCACGAUCAAGAGCUUGCUCUGCGCUGCGCAAAGGUCAUCAAGGAGACUAUCAAAGCCCUUGAGCGUGUGCUCACUUGUAUUCGAACUCUCGAGUUCAUCAAGGGGCCAUGCUUCCGCGAGCCGUCUCGCGCUCAGACUCGGAGCAACAUGUUGCGAAGACUGACUCGUACGGGCACCCAGUAG